AUGGAGACGGACUCAGUGGGAGACGAAAUUAUAGCACAUGCAGCUUCCGAAAUAGAGAAGCUGCAUGUGCAGCAGACAACGAAUAUGCCGCCAACGGGCGGUGGCGGGGGCAGGGCCGACGACAUUGGCCCGCCACCACCACCGCCGCCGUCGUCGACAAUGUCGGCCCCACACCGACCGCCGCCGUCGACAACGUCGGCCCCACCACCGCCGCCGCCGUCGACAAUGUCGGCCCACCACCGCCGCCGCCGUCGACAUCGGCCCCACCCCACCGUCGCAGCCGCCGUUGACAUCGACCGGCCCUACACCACCACCGCCGCCGGCGAACGUCAUCGGCCUUACCACCACUACUAUCAAUACCGCUACCGCCGAACGCCGAAUGCCGACGGCGAGGUGACGGCGGCGUCAGCACCGACAUGGGUACCCAUGGGUCCGUGGAUAUGGCGUGUGGGGAGGAUUUAUGCAGUCACCACCACCACCACACCACCACCCACCACCGGCAUUGCCCACAACAAAAACAAGACUAAGUAA